AUGGGACCCACCCUGGCGGUUCCCACACCUUAUGGCUGUAUUGGCUGUAAGCUGCCGCAACCCGACUACCCACCGGCUCUGAUCACCUUCAUGUUCUGCGCGAUGGUUAUUACCAUCGUCGUAGACCUGAUAGGCAACUCCAUGGUCAUUUUGGCGGUGACAAAGAACAAGAAGCUCCGAAAUUCUGGCAACAUCUUUGUGGUCAGUCUCUCUGUGGCUGACAUGCUGGUGGCCAUCUACCCCUACCCUCUGAUGCUGCAUGCCAUGUCCAUUGGGGGCUGGGAUCUGAGCCAGCUCCAGUGCCAGAUGGUCGGGUUCGUCACAGGGCUGAGUGUGGUCGGUUCCAUCUUCAACAUCGUGGCCAUCGCUAUUAACCGUUACUGCUACAUCUGCCACAGCCUCCAGUAUGAAAGGAUCUUCAGUGUGCGCAAUACCUGCAUCUACCUGGUUGUCACCUGGAUCAUGACCGUCCUGGCUGUCCUGCCCAACAUGUACAUUGGCACCAUCGAGUAUGAUCCUCGCACGUACACCUGCAUCUUCAACUAUCUGAACAACCCUGUCUUCGCCGUGACCAUCGUCUGCAUCCACUUCGUCCUCCCUCUCCUCAUAGUUGGUUUCUGCUACAUCAGAAUCUGGACCAAAGUGCUGGCAGCCCGUGACCCUGCUGGGCAGAAUCCUGACAACCAGCUUGCUGAGGUUCGCAAUUUUCUAACCAUGUUUGUGAUCUUCCUCCUUUUUGCAGUGUGCUGGUGCCCUAUCAACGUGCUCACUGUGUUGGUGGCUGUCAGUCCAAAGGAGAUGGCAGGCAAGAUCCCCAACUGGCUUUAUCUUGCAGCCUACUUCAUAGCCUACUUCAACAGCUGCCUCAACGCUGUCAUCUAUGGGCUCCUCAAUGAGAAUUUCCGACGAGAAUACUGGACCAUCUUCCAUGCUAUGCGGCACCCUAUCCUGUUCCUCUCUGGCAUCAUCAAUGAUAUUCGUGAGACGAGGGAGGCCCGUGCCCUGGCCCGUGCCCGUGCCCGUGCUCGUGACCAAGCCCGUGAGCAAGAUCGUGCCCGUGCCUGUCCUGCUGUGGAGGGAACCCCGCUGAAUGUCCGGAAUGUUCCACUGCCUGGUGAUGCUGCAGCCGGCCACCCUGAUCGUGCCUCUGGUCACCCCAAGUCCCGUUCCAGGUCUGCCUCUGCCUACCGCAAAUCUGCCUCUAGCCACCACAAAUCUGUUUCUGGUCAUUCCAAGGCUGCCUCUGGCCAUUCCAAGUCUGCUUCUGGCCACCCCAAGUCUGCCACUGUCUACCCUAAGCCUGCCUCUGUCCACUUCAAGGCUGACUCUGUCUAUUUCAAGCCUGCCUCUGUCCAUUUCAAGGGUGACUCUGUUCAUUUCAAGCCUGCUUCCAAGUCUGCCAUUGGUUACCAUGUCUCUGCUGGCAGCCACACCAAGUCUGCCUUCAGCCCUGCUACUAGCCACCCUGAAUCCACCACUGACCAUGUCAAGCCUGCUCCCAGCCACCCUGAGUCCACCGCUGCCGACUACCUUGAGCCUGCCACCACCAGCCAUCCUGAGCCCACUGCUGCAGGCCACCCUGAGCUGUCUGCCUCCCACUGCCCUGAGACCAUCGCUACUAGCCACCUCGAGUCUGAUGUCACUGACCUCCCUGAGUUUGCUUCCAGUCUUCCCACCGUGUCCCUUGAGCCUGCUGCUGACCUUCCUGACCCUGCUGUAGGCACUCCUGCCACCAAUGAUUACCAGGAGGUUGUAGUUAUUGAUGUUGAGGAUGAUUCUGAUGAGAUGGCUGUGUAA